AUGUCUGACUUUAAUAUCAAGAUCUUAGAAACUCUUAUAAGUGUAAAUGAAGACUCAACUUAUGAAGAUUUCUGCACACAGCUUCAGACAUUGAAGAAUCAUCUUAUCAAGCUGAAGAGUAUACAGAACAGUGAUAGAAGAUGUUACAUCUCAGUCACUUAUACAUCUGUACUGAAGAAUAACAAUGAUGCAGAUGUUAUAAAUUAA